AUGAGCAAGAACACACCUGAUGCUUUUGAGUCAAGUCUCAAUGCUGCCCGCAAGCAAGCAAUAAUGGCAGGGACGCCUUAUGUUAUUACAAAGCAGUUUCCUUGGAAGCUUCACGAGAUGCUGGACGUUGUGGAGCAACGAGGAGAAACUUCCGUCGUUUCCUGGCUUCCAGGUGGGACAGCCUUUCGUGUGCAUGAUCCUAUCCAGUUUGUUGAUCAAAUCAUGAAGAAAUGCUUCAAUCAAACCAAGUACAAGUCCUUUCAAAGACAGCUCAACUUGUGGGGCUUUGAACGCGUUAUCCGAGAAUCCGCAGAGAAGGGAUCAUACUAUCACCCUCUAUUUCUUCGUGGAAGACGGGACCUCUGUCAAGAAAUGGCAAGACAAAAGGUCAAGAGCGAGAAGAAAUCAAGCAAACAAACAAAGGAACGCCCAGACCAAGAAGAACAACAAAUGCCAGCUGCUCUCGAGGGCAAGGCUAACAGACGCAAGCUUCCAACAAGAUCAUCCGAAAUGCCGAAUACUGUCUCUACUGAUGUCAGCACGAGCACAUCUUCAUCGUCGACAUCAGGAACAGCAUCGCCAACCCUUCCUUCCUCACCACCAGGAUCACUCAUGAUGCUAUCGGGUUCUUUGCCACAACAUCAAGGAGGGCCACUGCAACCCUUCAUUGCAGGUCUUCAUCAUAAUCCACUGCACAUACUGAAUGCGCUUCAAGCUGCAAACGGCACAGGCGCUUCAAGUCGAGCACCACACGCCGCCCCAACCGUAGCUGCCCUAGCUAACAAGUCUACGGGGAUUGGAAUGGCAAACACUUCCAGCAUGACUACACCACUAGCCAUUGCAACAGCUGGCUUCCAGUUACAGCAGCAACAGCAGCACCAACAGCAGCAGCAUCAUCAGCAGCGUGCGCUAGAAAAUGCCAUUCUAUUCCAAGCUCUUGAAAAGCAAGAAGCUCAAAAGGCAUCGUCUCUAUUCUUCGCAGCUGCCUUACUGGGAAGCCUAGCUGCACCCCCAAGGACUUCUUCCUAA